CGUUGUACAGGGGCUUGUGCGAACCGUUGCACGAGGGCUUGUGCGAACCGUUGCACGAGGGCUUGUGCAAACCAUUGCACGGGGGCUUGUGCAAACCGUUGUAUAGGGGCUUGUACAAACCAUCGUACAGGGGGUUGUGCAAACCGUUGCACCACGGUCUGUGCAAACCGUCACGUGGGGACUCAUGGAAACCGUUGCGCGUGAGCUUGUGCAAACCAUCGCGUGGCGAUCCGCGCAGAUCAUUGCAUGAGGACCUCGGCAGCCCUCGCCCGGCCGGCAGCCCCGGUGCAGCCCGCUGGAGGCCCGGCUCGCCCGGGCGGGGCAGGACCCGGUUAGGGCGGAGCGGGGCCGCGAACCCGCGGAGUCCCGAGCUCAGCCCACGCCGCCCCUCAUCUUCGGCCUUUCCCGGAGGGCACUCGUGUAUUUCCGUUGCAGGGCGGCGGCUCUCGGCAGUUUCCGUCCACGUUCGGCACCCUCCGCCCCGCCCCGCCCCGCCCCUCGUGGGCAUUGCCGGAUCCGAUUGGCUCUCGGCGGAGAUUGGUCACGCCCUUCUCGCGCGCCGGAGGCGGGAGAGGGCGGGGCCUUCGCAGUCGCGUCGGCUAGGCCGCCUCACCAUUGGCUGGCGGGAUACCUCCCUCCUCGCGCCGCGCCGCGUCCCCGCGCGCGCAGGGCCUCCGCUCUGCUUUCUCAUUGGCCAGCAGCACUCGGCCCGUCCCCCGCUUCUCAUCUGACUGGCCGAAGGUGAAGGAGGGCGGACCGAACCAGGCCUUCCCCGCUCUCUCAUUGGCGAGGUCCUUCAGAGGGGCGGGCGCGGGUGCGGUGAUCCCGCGUCGCCAUUGGUUAUGGAGCGGUGGCCGCGGUCCGAUUGGCUGACGCGGCCUGAGGGCUCCUGCCGGGCCGCGGCCCCCGCCCCCCUCCCCGGUGCAUCGCGGCGGCCUGAGGUGAGGGGGGGGCGCGGCGGCGGGCAGGGGCGAGCGGACCCCCACCGCCACGGCCGAACCCGAAAAGACCGAUACCAACUGCUGCAGUCAGGCUUCGUGACAAGAAGUUGCUUUUCAGAGGAAGGAGCUGUAGUGCUCUGCUGGCCUGUCAGCAGAUUUCUGACAACUCCAGACCCCGUUUGCCCUCGCAGCUGGGAUUUUGCCAUCCCAAACCAGAUAUCUGCCGUUUCUCGCGCCGAUCCAAGGCGGUGUGUGAAUUGCAACUGCCAGCUACGUUGCUCAAGGGCGAGGACUCUAGGUUCUUUUUUUCCCCCUCCUCUGCAGCUGGACGUUAGAGCAAACACGCUGAGAUGUCUAAAAAGCAAAAUACAAAAGAUCCGUCUGGGUUUAUUUUUGAUGUGCAGUCCAAUACUGUGAUGGCCCAAGGAGGAACCUUUGAAAACAUGAAGGAGAAGAUCAGUGCGGUGCGUGCGAUAGUCCCCAACAGGAGCAACAAUGAGAUCGUCCUCGUGCUGCAGCAUUUUGACAACUGCGUGGACAAAACGGUGCAAGCCUUUAUGGAAGGCAAUGCCAGUGAAGUACUGAAAGAAUGGACUGUAACAGGCAAAAAAAAGAACAAGAAGAAGAAAACCAAACCGAAACCACAAACUGAAUCGAGCGCUGGCCUCCCAGACCCCGGUAAAUUGGUGUCCACUGAAGAGGAGCAGUCGGCAAACUCGGAGAAGGGUGGAAUUAACGGUUUCCAUGUCAACGGCUGUGCCCACGACACAGAGUCUGUGGACUCGCUCAGCGAAGGUUUGGAUGCACUUUCAAUUGAUGCCAGAGAGCUGGAGGAUUGCGAGUCUGCUGCACCAGACAUGCCUGAUAGAACAGCAGUGCCUGAACUAGAGAAUGGAAUAGCAGACUUUGACACAAAAUCGCUCAUCCUGCAUCCUUCCCAGAGCCCUUCGUCUCUUAGACAGCGGCCUGAGCAGAGGAGCGCUAGCAGGUCUCUGUCCAGAUCAACAGCGAACAAUUCGACUCCUGCGUCCCUGUCUGUAACGCGGCUGGAAGAUGUUCCAGUUUCACCUGCAAACAAGAAGUUAGGUUCUAAUAUUGAAAAAUCAGUGAAGGAUCUCCAGCGCUGCACCGUUUCACUGGCUCGGUACCGGGUUGUGGUGAAGGAGGAAAUGGAUGCUUCCAUUAAGAAGAUGAAGCAGGUCUUUGCUGAGCUGCAGAGUAGCCUUAUGGAUCGGGAGGUGGCGUUGCUGGCUGAGAUGGACAAAGUGAAAGCAGAAGCAAUGGAAAUUCUGGUCAGCCGCCAGAAGAAGGCAGAAGCCCUGAAGAAGAUGACUGAUGUGGCGGUGCGAAUGUCGGAGGAGCAGCUGGUCGAGCUCAGAGCCGACAUAAAGCACUUUGUGAGCGAACGGAAGUACGACGAGGACCUGGGCCGGGUGGCGCGGUUCACGUGUGACCUCGAGGCGCUGAAGAAGAGCAUCGCCUCGUUCGGCCAAGUUUCCCAUCCAAAGAACAGCUACUCCACCCGAUCGCGGUGCAGCUCUGUCACAGCCGCGUCCCCGAGCGGUCCCAGCGAGACCCUCGCUCCCUCCGCCCCCGCCUGUGCCUCUGCCGCGAGCCUUACCACGGUGAGCAAGAAGCCUUCGUCCUCGGCGGAGCCGGCUGCGGGGAACGCCGCCAGCCGCCCUCCCCAGCCUGCACGAGAGGGGAACAGGAGACCGGGAGCGGGGCCCAGGUCGCAGGGCCAGCGCCACAUCGGCCCCCCCGGCCGCCACAACAACGGCAACCGCCCCAGGAACCAGGGCCAGGCCCACGGCAGGCGGCAAACCUCUCCCCUGGCAGCCCCCGCUGCCAGCACCGGCCAGACUCAGCCCACGGGCACCAGCGGCAGCUCGGCGCAGCCCGGCCGGCCCGGCACAGAGACCAAGGGGCUCCCGCAGCGGAAGCCCAGAGCCAGUCGGCAGGAGGGAGCGAACUCCUGAGAGCCGCGGGCUGUCCCUGCCUGCCACCAGGCCCACGUGAGAACCAGACUGUAGGAAGCUCCUAGCUAGGAUACUAACGAAGGAAAGUUUACACUUCUCGGGUUUUCGUGCCAUUUUUUUUUUUUUUCUCUCUUCCCUUCUUUCCCCCCUUGUCUGCUUUGUGUUCUUCUCGCCUGCGCUGCACCCUCUGAGCGGGUUCAGUCUCCCCCACCCGCCGUCUCUCUUGUCCUUUUCCUUUCCGCUCCAGAAAUCCCCUUUUUCUCUAAAAUCGCUGGCAGCGCUGGCCCAAACCCAGCCCCAAGUGUCUUUUCUUCUUUGCACCAACAUCUGGGUCCUGCCUCGGAGGAACGGCCGGUGCCAGCCCCUCCCUCGUGCUGGCAGCGAGGAUGAUGAGGGCUGGGACACAGAGAGAGCUGGGGGGGGCUGGGGGUGUCCCCUCCCGGGGGACAGACAGGAAUCUGGGCCACCGCGCGGGGCCGGGGACCUGCACACUUUGUCUGCACACUUUGCUCUUCUCUGGUUUUUACAUUGCGGAUCUCUUUAUUUUAUUCACAACUUCUUGCCCUGCCUUCCCCCCUGCCACUUCUCCAGCCCUUCUUCGUCCCUAAAUUAAAUUUAUAGCAAUAUCAAUUAGCAGAGCUAAUCCUAGGUGAUCCCGGGUGGAGAUUGCGACAGUCCUUCUUCAUAGCUGUACGAAUAAAGACGAUGUUCACGGUGAA